CUAUCUGGGUCUCUGCGAGUCGCCCAUGCGUUGCACUACAGCACGGGCCGCCCACCAGUAAUCAAGUUUAACUUUUUAGUAAAUUGUCUUCAUCUAUUGAGCUCUUUAUUAAUCAGAUAAUCAAUCGCAUAAUAAUUAAGUCAAAUCUUAAAAUAAGCAUUUAAAAAAAACGGAAAAGGCUUGUCUGCACGUUAAUAUGUCCCACUGCUGUGUGGACUUUGGACAACACUUGGUCGGCUUUAGAUCUCGUUUCUUAUUUCCCGCUUUCUUAUCUCAUAGUUUGAGAACCUCACGUUGACCCCAUAGAUAAAACCAUAUACGAAAGACUCUGUAAAUUGUGAAUCGAAGAAUUGUUGAGAAUGGUGGAGAGAACGAUGAGUCUAGGUGUGGGAGGCAACGGAGAAACCAUGCGAGCGCAGCAGAAGCUUCUUCAGAAGAUCACUCGUGAGCUUGACGCUGAACGGGAAGCCUCUUCAACAGCCGCUUCAGAGGCCCUGUCGAUGAUUCUACGCCUCCAGGGAGAGAAAGCAGCGUUGGAGAUGGAGGCUAGUCAGUACAAGAGACUGGCCGAGGAGAAGAUGUGCCACGCCGAGACUUCUCUGACGCUCUUCGAAGAUCUGAUUUACCGCAAGGAAAUGGAGAUGGCGUCUCUCGAGUUUCAGGUGCAGGCUUACAGAUGCAAACUGCUCAGCCUCGGCUGCUCUGAUCAGGCCGAGGAGAAGAAGAAAGGUGAUGUUGAGAGUAGUAGUUCUUUGUCUCCUCGUAAAGACUUGAGCGCGUGUUGGGAACAGAUCAGGAUGAUAGACGAUCGUGUUCGAGAGGUUUCGGAGUCGAGAGAUGUUCCCAAGGGAUCUAAAUGGGGUUUGCUUAGGCGUGAGUCGAUUUCACAUGCGUUGGUUUCGCAGGUGAGUAAUACUAUUCUAGAGUCAGCCAAGAGUGAUGUCAGUUCGAUAAUGGAGAUGCUCAAGAACCCUGAUAGAGAGGUUCCAAGGACCAAGGAGAGCCUUGCAUUCAUAUCGGAAGAAAGAAAUGUUGGAGGCAAGAUGGCGAGUAGUAAACACGAGCUAUUAAAAGUUACGAGUAUCGAGGCAGAAUACACGAGUUUGCUAAAAGAGAUUCGAGAGCAGAUCAGUGUAAUGCAGUCAGAGAUGAGAGGCUUGAGAUCAGAACUGCAGCAAACUCGAUUUGUGUCUCAUCGCGAGGAGUGUCCAGCACUUAACUCAAUUCAGGAGGCCAUGCUUCACUUCUGGCUUUAGAAGCUACAAUGCAGCGUGGUUCUUGAUUCCCAGUCUAAGUUACUUAAACAUUCCAACAGAAAUUCUCUAGUAUUUGUAUGAAACUCCAUUAGGAUUGUGAGAGAGAAAAAAAAACUUCUCUAGCCUAAGAGACAUGGAUGGUAGAAGUAACUUAAAUUGAUCAACAUUGAUGGUUCAUUCAUCUUUCUGGCACUGCUUAUUGAGCAAAGAGGUACAUGUUGAAGGGAACUGGAAAUAAAUUGGUGCAGUUUUCAGCUCAUUCUAUUUCAAUAAAAAAAAGUAGCAUUGUUCCAAAAAAAAAAAGUAGCAUUGUUGUCUUCUCUAUAAACUAUUUAUCA